CUCAUAAUGGCGACUCCUGAACAAGGCAGUAACCCCGGUGGCAGUGCAACACCUGGGCCACCGGAAAAGCUGCAGGAGCUUGAGCCACGGGUGGUCCGAAGACGCUUGUCCCAGGCCCGCCACCGAGCCACCUUGGCAGGGCUCUUCAGCAAUCUCAGGAAGACUAUUUACUCCCAGUCUGAUCUCACAGCCUCAAAGUGGCAGAUUCUGAAUAAGGCAAAGAAUCAUAUUCAGGAACUGGAACAAACUCUGGAUAAUUUGCUGAAGCUGAAAGAAACUCUCAACCUGGAGGAUGGAAACGCAAGCAGCUUAGAGGAGGUCAAGGAAGAAUAUGCCAGCCUGUACUCUGGAAAUGAAAGCCUGUUCUUAAAUGGGUUUCUUCAAAAUGGCUCCUGCUCCUGGCGCCCAGCUGAGGCCUUGGGGAAGGAUGAGGAGGAGGAGGAGGAUGUGGAGGAAGAGGAAGAGGGAGAGGAAGACCAAGAAGAGGAAGAGGAAGAGGAGGAAGAAGAAGAAGAGGAAGAGGAAGUAGAGGAGAAAAAUGUGGAACUCCUGCUGUCCCCAGGCACUUUGUCACCAGACCUCAUGGAAUUUGAAAGGUAUCUCAGCUUUUACAAGCUGACCAUGGACCUUCUGACUGACAACGGGAUCGUCUCCUCCAAGGAGGUGACACUGCCCAUCGUCUCCGCGGCCAUCUCCCACCUGUGGCAGAACUUUUCUGAGGAGAGGAAGGUCAGCCUCCUGCAGGCCUGGGCUCAGAAACACGCAGGAGCAGCUCCGGAAUCAACCCAUCCCGAGGGCAGCAUGAAGGACAGCGGGAUGGACAGCCAGGGCGCCAGUUGUUCGCUGGUCUCCACGCCGGAGGAGAUCCUUUUUGAAGAUGCCUUCGAUGUGGCAAGUUUCCUGGACAAAAGUGAAGCUGCAAGUCCAUCUAGCUCCAGUUCAAUGUUUGCUACCUUCAAUGCAGAAAAUUCUGAGGAAAAGUUUCAGCUCUAUAUGCAGAUCAUCGAUUUUUUUAAAGGACUUUGCUAUGUUAACAAUCAGUUAAAACAGGAACCAGCCCUGGACGAUGAGAUGCUCAUGUUGACGUGCCUGGAGACCUUUGAUGAUGAAGACCUGUAA